AUGCUGUCAAGAGCUGCCCGUCCGGCGCUGAAGGCCGGCGCUGCCGUUACUGCCCGUGCGGCAGCUCCCUCGGCCUCGUUCGCUACGCUGCGUGAGAUCGAGGGCCGCCUCAAGUCGAUCAAGAACAUCGAGAAGAUCACCAACACCAUGAAGAUCGUGGCCUCGACCAAGCUGAACCGCGCCCAGCGCGCUAUGACCGACUCCCGUGCCUACGGCAAAACCAGCAACCAGGUGUACGAGUCGGCCGAGACCAAGCCGCUUGAGGGAGAGGGCAAGAAGAAGCUGCUGGUUGUCUGCAGCUCUGACAAGGGUCUUUGCGGUGGUAUUCACUCCGGUCUGUCGCGCUACAUCCGCGCUCGCUCCCUGGAGAACAAUAACUUUGAUCUCGUCAUCCUCGGCGAGAAGUGCAAGAGUCAGCUCCAGCGCACCCACGCCAAGAGCAUUGUCCUGAACUUUGCCGGUGUUGGCAAGGACCUGCCCACUUUCGCCGAGGCCCAGGCCAUCGCUGAGCAAAUCAUCCGUCUGCCUGGCGACUAUUCGGACAUUGAGAUCGUCUACAACAAGUUCAUCAACGCGACGAGCUACGAGCCCGCCACUAUUCCGGCGUUCUCUCAGGAGGCGUUCGUCAACUCUCCCAACUUCGCUGCUUUUGAGGUUGAUGAGGAGGUUCUUGGCAACCUCCGUGAGUUUGCUCUUGCCAACUCCCUCUACUGGGCUCUGGCUGAGGGCCACGCCUGCGAGAUCUCUGCCCGUCGCAACGCCAUGGACAAUGCCUCCAAGAACGCUGGUGAGAUGAUCCAGAAGUACCAGAUUCUUUUCAACCGGACUCGCCAGGCCGUCAUUACCAACGAGCUGGUUGAGAUUAUCACUGGUGCCACCGCCUCAAAGGAGAUGUAA